AUUGUUUUUAUCGCGAAUUGCCAACGCUCUGUACAAGUGAUGUACAACACGAGUUAAAUACAAAACAAAACGAACGGAUAAAAGUUGCACGCUGGGCGAAUCGUGACAAAGAGGGCGUGGCAAAUCGAAAUAUAGUAUAGAUCAAAUCCCCAGAAGGCGCGGCAUAAACGUAAUAUGCGAAAAUCGCUGCCAUGAAAAAGGGCAAGGGAUCAAGCUCCCUUGGAUCGAAGGAAUCAUCGGGGAGACCAUCCACGGCAGUCCUGGUGUUCAAGAAGUGCGCUAGAUUUGCGGACUCUUCAGAAUCGGCGGAGAUCCAGCAGGACGGCAAGGAGCAACUGCCUGAGAGGCAAGACUCGCUGGAUGCCAAGGAAUGAAUGGAAAAAGAGGCGAUUAGCAAUCAGCCAUUAAAGGAUGAGCCAUCGAAAGAUGAACCUAACCAAAGCGAGGGCACUGCCAUUUCCACCAUACCGGCGAUUGAUAAACUACGUCGCUUCUGCUUUAUUGGAUCCACGGACGAGCCCGUCUAUACCACGCCCGCACUGGAUCUUGUUGUCGAGAACAAUUUCGCAUCGCUAAAGGAACUCUGCUCCCAAGUGAGUGAAGACGAGCUGGUCGAGUGCUUGUUGAGCGUUUUGGGCAGCGAACCAAAUGAGGAGCAACCUCCCCGACCCGACGAGCCGCUCCUAAUCCUGGCUGUUUUCUUUACCACGUGCGAAGACGAGAAGAAGCGAAAUGCGGUGCGUAAUAGAUUCACCGACCUGAUCACCAGCGAAUCGGAUCUUCUACUGUUCGUCCAGUUGGUCAAGCGAGUCCAGAAGUUGCUCGAACGUAAAACGCCCUUCAAUCGCACAGUGCGAAAGGCCGUCCUCAACUGGUAUGGCACGAAAUCGCUUGAUCGCCUUCUCCACUUCUGGUCAAUAGGCGAUGGAAAUCGUUGGCCUGCGCAUCGCGAUCUACUGUACCGCCUCCAUUUUCGGCAUGCCAAUUUUUUACCGGAAAUCAUUGCUGCCUUAAGGCUGCUCUCAUCAUCGCCAAAGGAGCUAUCGCAGUGGCCUGAUUUUUUAACGCCCUUGACCAGCUUUCGCGAAACUAUUGAGGGUGUUGUGAAGCUUCGGCUACUCACGGAUCCCGAACAGGCUAUCUCCAUUGUGAAGAAGUUGUCGCUGAGCUGGGAGCAUGUGCCUUUUCAUUUGCUUCACGACCCCAGGCUGGCGCAUUUUCUUAUUCCACACAUGAGCUAUGAGCAACUUCUUCAGAAAUGGCCACGCCUCUCGCGACUUAACUCCCGAGUGCGCCCCUUUGCUGAGCAAUUGCUGGAUAAGAAGAAGCUUAAGGCGAGCAAUGUUCCGCCCGUACGUCUGCUGUUGGAGGAUAUGCGUUUGAGGAAGCCCAAAAAGGUGGUUAAUCAGUUGGUACUACCUUCGUCACUCAAAAACAAGAAUACAUUUAAAUUCCAGUGUGCAACUACUUCGUUCCAAAAGGCGAGUUUCCUGCAUAGCGUCUACGAAAUAUCCUUUGGCCUGAACAAGGCACUCGGUAGGCGACUGCACAUUACCCUCAAUCUGGAGCAGGCCUAUCUGGGCAAAUACCUUUCUGGUCCAUGUCGUUCGCUGAAGUACUUAGACGCCCUGGUGGCAUUGGGUUUUGGCUAUUUCCGCAGCGACCGAAAGGUGACGGUGGAGUUUUGGCACGACCGCAGUGGCAAAUUGAAGGCGUUGCCGUGGACAAAUGAGAUGUCUGUUUCAGAGGCCAAGACCUGUUGCGAGAAUCAGAAGGUGGGCAAAGUGAGGCAAUCGCUAAAUGAAAUUCUGUUCAGAGCGCUAUUGGAUAUGCAGAAUACGUUCGACGUGUUUUUGGUACUAGUGCCGGGUGCCGCGCGAGGAAAUCCGGAAAAUAAUUCAAAGUGCUUGGCUGCUCUAAUGGAUAAGUAUCGCGAAAAGCGAAACUCUAAUGCUAAAUUCAUAAUGGUGAGCCUGCGGCAGCGUCAACGCUCCAUGAUAUAUUCCAGCGGACGAAACGAGAACUUGUUAGAGUUGUGCAGCCUGGAUAAGCACACACCGCGUUUGAUUAACGCAUUUGUCCGCAAUAAGUUCUACUAGACGGUGAGCUGCAUUGCGAAUAUCGGACGACCCAUUUCAUCGCACAACUGCAGGCACAAAGCAGUUCCAUUUGUUGAAGGACGAUGGCCAUCGGUUAGUUGCCAUCGGCCAUCUCUCUCGCUUUCAUAGAUGCCUGGUCGUUCGGUCCUCUCACUCCAUUUUCGAAUAGCUUUUGUGUAACAUAUUCAUAGGCCCUUGGUGUGUAAUCGUUGUAGAACCAGGCCACCAACUCAAUGCUACAUUCAUAUUUACAUACUACUAAUUGUAAUAGUUGCAUCCCGGAAUCCAGAAUUUAAAAUUCCUAUCGGGCUAGUAAGAUAUUAUCGCUCGUUUUGUGUAAUGAAAUUGUGUAUUAGCAUUUGUAAUUUUUACUCGAUUUGGUGUAUUCAUUUUGUUAAAAUUAAACCGAAUCAACUGAACUGAACUUAAUCUAAAUUCAAUUUGGAUUUAAAACAAUCUCAAUGAAAUCGCAAGCGCAAACAACAACAAAAGAACCGACAAAAAAAAAAAAAAAGAAAAACAAAUUGCCUUACAAACAAAAAUGUUAGUAAAACUUUCAUUUUAGUUUAGACUUUUUCAAAAAUUGAAUACUGGAACUGAAACACAAUUUAUGGCAUUUAGAUAAAGUUAAAGUUAAAUAUAAACUAAUUGUAUGGCCUAUGUAUUGAAUAUUAAUCUAACGUAACAUUAAAAUAGUCCAAGUCAAAGCAAUAAUCACCAAUCACUAAAGCAAAUCCAGUUAUAGCCUCAGAUCUUUUAUAGAUUUUUGUUGUGCUCGAAUAGAAUCGAAUUAAAUUAGCUAAAUAGUUGAAACGCGUACAAGGCAAAAAUUAAUGGUAAACAAAAACUCCCAAUGUGCCAUACACAACCCACAGCCCACAAAACAAACACAUUCACCCCAAACUCUUGAUCAGUAUACAUAUUUAUUAGGUUUGUGUGCAAAAUUGCCGAACCGAAACCAAAUAGAGAACAAUAACGAAACGACGAGCAAACGCUACCAAUUUGACUAAAAUUAGUUAAGUGAAAUUAUACUCAAAUUACGAUUAAAUUACAUUUACUUGUAUAGAAAGCAAAGCAACCAAUUUGGAUGAUAAGCAAAAGCCAACUGAAAAUAGGAAAAUUGAAAUCGAAAAUUAACUAAACAGAAAUCGAAAGGACAAAAACAAAAACAAAAAAAACAAAAACAAAACAAAAUAGGAAAUAUUUCCACGGACAUUUCUAACCAAAUGUUUCCACACGCGUCUGUGAAGUAAACCGUUGUGAUCGCUUUAGAUUUUGAUUUAACAAACAAACAAAAACAUUAAAUACAAAACUACAAACUACUAAAUACUGAAUACUGAAUACAAAAACAGAUAAGCCGGAAAAUGAGCCGCAACAGGCAGCUAUAAGUUAUUUUAUAUAUUUUGUAAACUCGAAAUCAUUAGGAGUGUAACCGAAAAGUACCUAUACAACAAAAGCUAAACUUAAAAUGAAACUGAUACUGCAGAGCCAACCAAUUGAACUCCAAAAAAAAAAACCCAACAGAAUUACGGAUAAUAUAUCCACAACUGCCCGAGGGAAAUCCAGAAUAAGAUUGUCGGUAGAAAGAAGAUAGGAUCCAUGGACUACCGCAGAAUGUAUGCACUUUACAGAUUUUGAAUUUAUUGUUACUAAUGUUAAGUUCUUUAUAAAGAAUUUUGACCCUAAGAAUUAUUUGAAGGCACGCAACAGAAUAGCACAGUGAAAUGAGUAAGGAUUCGAAUGUAUUUGUUCCUCGCUUAUUAUUUAUUUUACAUUCAUUUUAGUUUAUAACUCGAGAAUUUUACUAUCGGUCUAUUAGCCAAUUAAGAAAAAUCCCGACACAUAUAUUUUUACGCAUUCCAAAUUUGAAAAAUUGUCUUGCUUUCUCUUUUUUUUGUAUUAUUAGAUUAUUAUGUAUUGUAUUGUAUUAUGUUAUUGUUACUAAAAAAAAAAGUUACAAAUUCAGUUUGUAAAGUGUAGUUCACCCAAACAACAGUAAAGUUAAGUCCGAAAAAGUUGAAGCACUGAAAAAGUAAAACAAAAAACUGAAGCCAAGGAAACACAUUUCAGUUAGUGAAAAUUUUAAUAAUGAAAAUUAUUGUUGUUGAUCAAAUCAAAUCAAUUUAAAGGAAACUGAAAAAAAAAAAAAUAAAACCAAAACUGUAACUGAAAUCGACUCGAAACGAAUUGAAUUAAAUCCGCAGUAAAACAGCAACAAGAAGCAAAACAUCAUGUGAUAUCUAUUUCAAAAAUAAAUCGAUCGACAAACUAAAGAGAUGACCUUACCAUACAGAAGCCAGAAUAUAGUAAAAUUAGCCUAAAGCCACGAAGCGUUCAGAAAACGGAGUUUCGAAGACGAAAUCGAUUUUUUUUUUUUUAGUUUUUUUUUAGUUUUUCGUUGAAGAGUUACGUAAGAUCCCGAUCCACAGAUCCAUUGAGUAAAAACCACAAUCAUCAGUAAUAUACGGCUCGACUUUGACUCUCUCUUUCUCGCCCCCUGAACCCGCACUAUCUAUAUAUAUCUCUUUCUGUCUUUAGUGUUAGUCGAAAUUCGGAUUGUACGCGCAUUUCCAAAAUGUUCAACUCCUUGCUAAAGUAUUCCAAAUGGUUUUUUAUAAGCAUAUACAUAAACGUAUACAUACUUCUUAUACACUACCCUAGGCUAACGUUGAAUAAAUUCUGAAUGAUUCGAACAGCAC